AUGAAACCUUGCACUCCGACGAGGCACUCCUGGUUCCACGAUAAAUUCAAGAAUAUCGAGGACAACCUGUUAUCCAGGCAGAAGAUCGACAAUCUGGAGCUGGUGUUGAAUUUUAUUCGCCAAUCCCCCGAGUUCCAACCCCUCACCAUCUCCGUAAUAUUGACGAAAUUUCAAUCGGCCCCCAUCGACGCUGUUCUCCGAUAUAUCAGAGCGAAUUCGAUCCAGACGUAUAAAGUGAGGGAUGGGCAAGCGAGGAACGAGUUGGAAGAAGGGAUCACUUGGUUAUUCACGAUCGACGACUUGAUCCUCGUCCAUUGGAAAUUGCAUGUUUGGAACGCGAACGAUCAAUACUUGAUCGUGUUCACGGGGAGAUCGCCGGUCGAGAUCCCCUUUUGGAGGGAUAUUUUCGAAACGUUGUGGAGGCGGUAUCACGCUUACAGGGUGAUGAUCGUCUCGGUCGGGGACGAUUUUCGAUGCGUGCUCACCUACAAACCUUUCGAGAGGCGCAAGGGUGAAUACGGGGUCGUGUACAAAACGUGUCUGAACGAGAUUCUGGGAUCUGCGAGGCUGUUCGAAAACUUUCAAAAUUUGAAUCAUUAUCCCGUGAACGUGUCGGUGUUCGAGUCUAUACUGAUGAAAAUUUCGUACGAUCGUAGGAACAGGUUGAGGCUGGAUAAAAUAGACGCGAAGGCGUUGCUCGUUCUCGAGAAGGCUAUGCGGGCGAAUUUCAACAUUAAAGCGGUGAGGAAGAGAAACAUCAAACGGGACCCGUUCUCGUUCCUGAUCAAAGACAUCGAGCGUGGAACAACCGACAUGUGCAUCACGGGAUUCUUCGUCAAGACUUACGAUCGUUUUCAAAAGUUUCAAUUCACCCCUUCCGUGUACGAGGACAAGAUAUGCUUCGUGAUGACCGAUUACGGCUUCAUACCCAACAUGUACGUGUUCUUCUUCCCUUUUCGAGCGCACUUGUGGCUCGUACUGAUAACGUACAACGUCGUGAUCACGUUGUUGUGGAGGCUCGUAAGGUAUCUCAGCUCGUUGUUCCGACGACGAGCGACGUUUUCCAACGAUCGUGCGAGGAUCAUCAUCGAGAACAGAGCGAAGAAUCUUCGGGGGAUGGAAUCUGUUUUCGGGGAUUCGGGGAGGAAACCACCGGAAAUUCCUCGAAUCGUGGAAAAAUUCUUCACCUUCUUCGAGUACCUUUGCUAUCCCAUACGGGACAGCGAGUACACGGCCGAAAGGGCGCUGUUGACCGGUAUACUUUUCUUCAAUCUCGUUAUAAGCGGUUUGUAUCAGAGUUUCCUGGUGUCCAGUUUGAACAAGCCGUUCCACUAUUACCAGUAUCGCACCGUGGACGAGGUGGUGAGGUCCGGGAAGACGAUGAUCACCAAGUACGAGAACUUGAAGCAGGCGUUCGUCGACUCCGAGCUGUGGGGUAGGAUUCAAGUGAUCGAGUUUCAACGAUCGACGAAAAAUAUCGUGUUGGCCGAGGAUAAGAUCUCGAUCACCAGACUCUACAAUAUACAACUGUUGCCUCACAGAUAUUACAACGAUCGUGGAAAAUCUUUGCUCUACAUGGUCGACGAGUGCGCGAUGACUUACAGAAUUUCUUAUAUUCUAAGGUUGCGCUCUCCGUACGCGGAAAGGGUGAAUUUCGUGUUGUUGAGGAUGACGGAGGCAGGCCUGCCCGAACACUGGAUAGACGAGAUGAAGUAUUUCGUUACGUUAUACAACAAGGGGGGGAUGGAAGAUUUCUUGAAAAUACACAAAUUGUCCCUCGGCUAUUACGUCUUGGCUUUUUUAUUGCUGUUCAUCGGUCUGCUUUUAUCCACCUUGAUAUUCUUUUGCGAAUUACAAGCCGCGAAACGAAACAGAAAAAGACGUUAG